AUGAAAAAUGCUGCCGGCUACCGCUCCCUGGACAGCAUGCUGGGCCUUGUCGUGAACCAGUUCCGCAGAUUUGCCCUGGAUGACUUUGGUGUGAGGAUCUAUGCUUGCUUGAGGCGCUCCUCCGGAGGGAUUGAGAGCGAUACAUGGGUAAUGGUGACGGAGGGCCUGGGUGACGAAGCUCUGCUCUUCGCCUCCAUCAUGCAAAUCUCCUUAAGAUCGCUCGAGGAGAAGGAUGCGAAGAUACAUGGCGGAGAAAUAGCCAGAGAGGGGGUUGAGCUGUACAUGAUCGACCUGGGGGAGAGGCACAAGAUGUACAACGUCCGCGCCGGCCACCUUUGCGCCUUCCACCUCAGCUUGCUGGAGACCUUGGCUGGCAAGAACGCGGACCACGAGCGUGAGGGGGAUGAGUUGGCCUGGUCCCUGGUCUUCCGCUUCUUCCUGGCCAGGCCCUUCCUGAAGGGACUCUUCGCGGAGCUUCCGGCCUACCGAAAGGCCCAGGUGCUCAGCAGCGCCAAAAGCUUCCUCCUUCGCGCCCAGGAGCCGGACUUCGUGCCGGCCCUGUGCGAGAAGCUGCAGCAGUUGCCCACUCGCCUCAGCUGGGACUUUGACCAAGAGGAUGAGACGAAGCACAUCGAAGACUUCAUCGCCUUGCUGUUGCAGUCUGUGGAGCACCUGCACUGCGGGAGGCGUCAUGCAGCUCGGGAGGCGGUGCGGGGCAUUCUGCGGCGCCAUGAGAAAUUCUCCAUGAGGCAUGUCUUGGGUUUCCAGCACGCCUUCGCUUCGACCAUGGCGGAGCUAGAGCCCUUCUCCCACGAGGCCGACACACGCUGGGCCCUGUUCUGCCAGGGAGAGGUCCUGGACGUCAUGCUGAUGGCACCCUUUGCGGAUCGGGUUGACCGCAUAGAGCAGUGGGCUCAAGAGCAGCAAUCCAGACAAGUCAACUUCCUGGCAUGGCAGCGGCUCAUGCAGCAGGCCAAGGUCCCCGAGACGUUGGUUGACAAUGGCUUCCAGCGCCUGCGCCACGACUCCGGGAGGGAGGAUGUCUACUACGACGAGGUGGUGGCCAUUUUCUGUCAGGAGAGCAUGCAGCAUCCCUUCUGGAGCUUUGAAAAGCUCAUGGCGAACUACUGCGGUACCAAGCUGGAUGAAUGGAACUAA